AGCACCUCAGUGGAGUCCCAACUUUUCAGUAGCACCUCUGUUUGCUGCUGAAGAAGUUUUGCCGAGACCUCUCUGAAGUUCUGCUGAAAACUUUUCCUUUCUUCCCUUCUCACUUUUCAUAGUUUUAAAAAGAGGCUGCAACGAAACAAGAAAGAAAAAUGAUCACCCUGAUUUCCAUCGCUUUGCUUUCCCUGAGCCUGGCCGACAGCUUGAGCUUGAACCCCAUCUACGCUUCAGAUGAGGAAUCCCACCUCGCAGUAGUCACGAAACAGGCCAAAAUCACCACGAUUCGAGGAGGCAAUGCCACCCUGCCCUGCAGGCUGGACCGUGACAUCGAGGACUCCUUUGGCGGCAACACGAUGAGAAUCAAGUGGACCAAGCUCUCACCGGACCUCUCCAAGGAGAUCGACGUGCUGGUGGCCAUGGGCUUCCACAAGAAGAGCUACGGCAGCUUCCAGGGCCGCGUGCACCUGCAGGAGACCGACGAGAAUGACGCCUCCCUGGUCUUCAGCGAAGUCAAAUUGGAGGACGUCGGAAAAUACAAGUGCGAGGUCAUCGACGGGAUGGAUGACGCUACCGAUGUGGUGUCCCUGGAGCUCACAGGUGUAGUCUUCCCUUACUCCCCACGACUGGGCCGCUACAACCUGAACUACCAUGACGCCGAGAAGGCCUGCCUGGACCAAGACGCUGUGGUGGCCAACUUUGACCAGCUCUACGAGGCCUGGAAGGAUGGCUUCGACUGGUGCAACGCCGGCUGGUUGAACGACGGCUCCGUGCAGUACCCCAUCACCAAUCCCCGUGGACCUUGCGGAGGCAACAGCACCGUCCCCGGAGUGAGAAACUAUGGCCUGCGUGACAAGACCAAGAGCCGCUACGAUGUCUUCUGCUUCACCUCCCACUUCAAAGGGCGAUUCUACUACUUGCACACCGGCUUCAAUAUGACAAAGUUCACGUAUGACGAGGCUGUCCAGGCUUGCGAGAACGACGGUUCCGAGAUCGCCAAGGUGGGGCAGAUGUUCGCCGCGUGGAAGCUCCUGGGCUACGACAGAUGCGACGCAGGCUGGUUGGCCGACGGCAGCGUGCGCUACCCCAUCUCCAACCCCAGGAGACGCUGCAGCCCCACAGAGGCAGCCGUCCGCUUUGUCGGCUUCCCCGACAAGAAGCACAAGCUGUUCGGUGUCUACUGCUUCCAGGCCUUCGACUGAGACAAGAAUGAUGCCAAAGAAUCAAUUCUUUUUUUACAACAACAAAAAAAAGCUCAAAACACAUGUGGGACUAACUCUUUAACUUAGCAUGAACUCAGUAAGUUACCAAAACUGUGAUAACCUUGUUACUUAAAACUGUAAUGACCAAAAAUGAAACAAAACAAAAAAAACUCACUUUCAUACUGUAUUGAUAAAUGAUUGAAGCCAGAUGAAAUGUAACAAUUGCAGUGCUAACCAUUCUUAGCUUUUUUUAUGCGCAAUUUCAUUGGGAACUUGUAUACAACACAUUGUUACUGCAGAAAAGCAAAACAAUGGGGGAAAAGUAAAUGCAACCAGUAUGGGUUGUUUUUUUACAGAUCAAUUGGCCAUGCAAAAGAUUAAAGAAACUGCUUGGGUGGGUAAGACAGUAAAGCUUCUCAAAGUAAAAAUUGAUACUUUUUGGCACUUUUGGGUGGAAUCUAAUUGUUUUUAUUUUUAUAACUUGUGUCUGAAAUCCUAUGAACUGACCAAAGCAGAUCAUGAAGUGUCAUGAGGGGCCUACAAUGAAAAUAUCAUCAACUGCAAACAUGAGAAUUCACUUGAAACCUGGAUCUACCUGCUAAUCAAUAAUUACAAACCUAAUACCAUUAGAACCUAAUGACUUGUAUAUGUAUUUUGCCUUCUAAAAUGCUAACAGUUCAAAAUAGUGCAAUCGCUAAUAGUAUCAAGCUUGUAAUUACUUUUUAGCAGGUGAAUAUCAAGUGAAUUGAGCUCCAGAUGGGUAAAUGUCUCCAAUGAGCUUUUGACUAAUUAUAGGGGACUUUUUGGGCAAACUUGGCACAGCAUCCAUUUCUGACAAGUAAUACAAACAAAAAAGGGCUAUUAUCUCACCAAACUGCAACUUCCUCUAGGUGCAAGACCAUAGACUGCACUGCCACUACGCCUUAGAAUUGUCUUCUUGAAAAUGUAAAAUGAAUGUAUAUGGACCAUGUAUAGACAAAUAUAUAAUCAAAAAAGACAUCAUUUGUAUUCGUAGAAUAGUAUAGCCUUUCAUCCUGUAAGAAAAUAGAGUACUGCAUUUUUAUAUUAAUGUUCUUUAUUGUUGUGACUAUUGUACUAAAAAAAAGCUUUAAUUCCUUUGCUUGAGUUUCAUCAGAAAGAUGCUAUGCUCAUCUUUGCUAAAGCUCCCAAAACAGUCAACAUUGGAUUGACUUCUUGCAUUAAAUUCUCUUGACACUGCAGAGUUAAUAUCACUCAUCAUAUGGCAGUAUUAAGGCCCAAAGACCACAAAGUGACAUGCUUUGCACAGGGAAUGAUUGCACCCAAGUGAGCUUCUGACCUUUGUAACAAACAGAAGAAAUCUGAUAAACGAUUUCACUUAUAAAUGAUUUCACGACACCUGUUGAUGGUACAACAAAGUUAAAGAAAGAAGGGGGGUUGAUUGAUGGAAUUGCACAGACUAAUGUGCAACAUUUUUACCCUCCAGGGACCCAGUUGCAAAUUUGCAACAUCGUUAAAAAAAAAAGCAUGCUACAGUUAUGUGAUUAGCCUGAGACCCUCAGUACAAUUUGUACUACUUUUGAGCACUGCCAAAGGAAGUAUAGAGCUAUUGCUGUACAAAGCAACUGUUUUUACAAUGUUGCAUGGUUAUAAUGCGGGGUCUUCACUCAGUGCAGUAGAAUGGAAUUGAGAAGGAAAUCAUACUCAAAUGGCCAAUUAAAAAGUAUCAAAUUACCUUUGACUAGCUUUUCUGUUUUUUUUUUUUACUAUUUUUGUGAUAAUUAUGAUAACUGAUGAAAAAAGAAAAAGUUGCAAUAGUAUCAUUAACACAGUGCAGUUAUGAUGAGCAACUGCUGAGCAGAGGUGGUGCAGAAAAAGAAUUAAAUAAUUUGGAAAUGUUUAGACAAUUGUUAAUCAUUCAAAAUAUGUUACAGUGGUAUUAAAUGUUUUCUUUGCGUGAGUACUGUGAAGGUCAAAGUUUGGGAGAGGUGGGGAGGGCGUAACAAACUGAGGUCACUCUUUGAUGAUUUUUUAAUUUUAUUUUAUAUAUAUAAAUUAAGCCACUACAAAUAGCCUGCCAAAACCUGUUUAGCUAAACAAAAGACAUGAACCAAGUAGCCAGCUUGUUUCGCUUGCUUGCUUUUAAUCUACAUCUGGAAACAGUGUAGGUAGCAUUUGGUUUGUUGACCGAAACAGGUUGACUGAUUCCAAUAACCAGUAACACUGUAAUGUCACAAUAAGUUUGAAAGCCACGACACAAAAUGACCUUUUUUAUUUUUUUUGUCAUAUUUGUGUGCGUAGAGCAUUACUCGAUGGGGAAACUGUUUGUAACCAUAUGGAAUGUACUUUUUUGAACCAAAGUCGAAACAGAAAAAAUAAAAACGUUGAAAAAGACUAAA